GCUAAAACACGUAAAAAAGAAAGAAAGAAAGAAAGAAAUAAUAUAUAUGGGGUGGUUUACAAGAGAAAGGAGAGGGAUGAGCUGGAUGGAUGAAAGCCAAGACUCUGUUUCGGCACCUCCAGCUCACUUGCUCAUGUUUUUUGGAUUGCUUAUGCUGGUUAUGUACUAUUCGAUUCGAUCUGAGUACGAGGAGAAGGUGAAAGAAACGAAGAUGGAGCUGAGGCUGUUUCUUGUCAUCUUGUUGCCUUUGCUUGUGAUAUUAGCCACGCAUCUGACGGUGAAGUGGUCGGAUGUCCGAGACACGUCGCAGGUGGUGUACGAGACGUUGCAUGAAGAAGGAAGCUCUCCGUGGGGUGUGGCGUUCGUGUUGCUGCUGGUGCUCUUUAUGGUGAACUAUCGGUCUUCUAUUUACUCAGCUUGGUUUCGGCCCUAGCUAGGUGGUCACGGAUAAAUUAAUUAAGCAGUUUUGUAGUCGGUGUUGUUGAGGUGAAAUCAGAGUAAUUAUGUUCUAAUUGCUACAUCCUUGUACUUAAUCAAGCAUAAAUAAACAGCUUGGUAGUUAUAUUAAA